AUGACGUCUCCCGCAUAUCUUACAUACCGGGAUGAUCGGCGCACCCUGAUUUUACCGAGGGUCCUGCCAUCUGCUUCUGGUCUCCUCUAUCGCGACUUCCUCUCCAUGGGCCCCUAUUGGAGUCAGCCUGAACACCUUGAGGCACAGAGGAAAUAUGCCUUGGAGAUACUUGAGGAGACUAGUUUCCUUGGGGCAAAACCAUGUAAUAUACCAAUGGAACCAAACCUGGAACCUAAUGAGAUGGAUGGAGAACUUAUCUCGGAUCCAUCUUCAUAUCGAAUACUGGUUGGGAAACUAAUUUAUUUGACUAUCACUAGACCAGAUUUGGCAUAUGUGGUGCACACAUUGAGCCAAUUCAUGGAUAAGCCUCGAACUUCCCACUUGGAUGCAGCACAUUGGGUUUUGCGCUAUCUCAAACAGUCAUCUGGGCAAGGAAUUCUUUUGUCAGCUUCCAGUGGUAUUCAAUUACAUGCAUUCUGUGAUGUCAAUUGGGCUCGAUGCAGAGACACUCGACGAUCUGUUACUAGGUACUGCAUUUUACUUGGAAAAUCACAAAUCUCUUAA